AUGUCCCAAAGAAUCACUCGAUGGUUCGGGGACGAUAUGGGCUCUGUCGCUAUCAUAUGGAGGGCAAGUGAAAACUCCCGCAACCUUUAUUGGUUGCGGGGAAGUAGUCACUAUGGUCGGGGUAUACCUCCCCCAGAUAAGAACCUGGACCUGAUUGGUUAUGGGUCCAGGCUCCAGGAGAUCGGAGACGCCAUCCAAAGGCAUCUCCCAGGCCCUGUCAUCGUCGCCGGAGAUUUCAACGCGAAAUCUGAGCUAUGGGGCUCCCGGCGCGGUGACAGGCGGGGGGAGGUAACAUUAGACUGGGCCGCGGGCUUGGGUCUGCACGUCCUAAACGAGGGGACAAAAUCCACGUUUGUGGGGUCGCAGGGGGAGUCAAUUAUUGAUCUGUCAUGGGCAACCCCUGCGGCCCUGAGAAGAGUGCGGACCUGGAGGGUGGCGGACGAGCUUGAGACUCUGUCAGACCAUCAAUUGAUAGAGAUGGAGCUGUCCGUCACCCCCGAUGGCUUGCGGCCCAACCAGAGUAAAGAACCCCGACCCGGUAGGUGGUCCCUAGCCCAACUCAACAAGGAGAUCCUUGAGAUCUCCUUAGAAAGCUCCACCUGGCCACGACAAAGAGAGGAGCAGGACCUGGACUCUGAGGUCAUGGAGGCAAUGGACAUACACAGGCGUGUGAUGCCUCCAUGCCCAGAGUUAGGUCCUGCCCAAAACGGUCCGCCUGGUGGUGGACAGACCAGAUCGCCACGCUUAGGCGUAGGUCUGUCCACCUCAGGAGGGCCUUCAGAAGGACGCAAAAUAGGCCGAAUCUGGACCCUGAGGCCGUUCUGGCCGCCCGGAAGGAGUUCUGCAGUGCAGCUGCAGAACUCAGGGAUGCCAUAG